AAAAACAUGAAUUGCGAAUGGCAUGUUUUUUCGAUGAAAAAAAAAAAUGUUCUACCGAUUUUUCGUUCAACAUAUUUUCACAAAAAGUUGCGGAGGUGCUGCGGAGGAGUUGCCUCCGUCGCAGAUACGGUCGUGGCGGACGUCUAUAAUCAGGAGGUCUUUGUUUUUAUAUUGAGAAAAUGCAUGUGUAAUCCUUAAGCUAGAAAGUUGUACAUUGCGAAUCUCGUGGAUGAAACAAACGGUUUAUUCUUCUGCGUACAUAUUCAUAAUUUGUUUGUUUUUCCUGAUUUCUGGAGGAUUCGACUCAUUCAACUUUAACAGUUGAGGCACGUCCACCGCGCCUUCAUAUAGAUUUUAAAAAAUGUAUUUACGUUUUUUUUUUACUUUAACUUAUUCAACUUUGACAGCUCUUUGAGUUUGGUGGGGCAGCAUUUCUGGUCAAAAGACCAGUCCAACGCCUUCCUCUUCGAGGAGGACGUGCGGCAGCUGGCCGUCGGCUGGACCCACAAUGCGGCGCUGCUCCGCAACAACGAGAUCCUCAUGUGGGGCCGCAAGUGCUACGGACAGCUGGGCACGGGCUCGAUCAGCGAGCAGCAGGCGGUGCCCCAGCCACUGAGCCUCCGACUGCCCGACGGCCAGACGCCUGCUCGCGUGCACAUGGGGGCAGAGCACGGCCUGCUGCGGACUACAGCCGGCGAGAUCUACACCUGGGGCUGGAACGAGCACGGAAACUGUGGCAACAACAGUACAGAAAAUGUAUGCAGCCCUACACUCGUGGAAAUCCCGGGACGCGUGAAGUUGGCCGGAGCUGGCUCGGGCUUCUGUUACGCCAUUUCCGAGUCGUCUGUUAAUUAAUUUUAUAAUAAAUGUUAAAAAUGCUUAAAAAUGCUAAACGGAAUAUCGAAAUUAAGCUAUUUGAUGUCGGAUCAUGAGCAAAAUUGUACGAAUAAUCAAACCCAAGCAGUUGGCGCUCUUUCUUCCAUCGAUAGUUGAAGAAACAUCGAUGUAUCGAUAGUAACAAUGAAGUUUUUCAACCUUCAGUAGCUUUACUUGAACUCCGCGGAAUUUUCGUUGCAAAUACUAUUUGCCAUUUUUACAGUGAAAAUAAAGUGCUUUGUUUUUCAAAAACUUAAUCUUUUCCACAGAAAAAAGAAGAUGUCGGAGAAUAGCUUCAACUCAAAGUAUUUGGACGAUGACGAUGAGGACGAUGCGAUUGCUGCCUCUGAGGGUGUGUACCAAUGAAUCCUCUAAACUAAAUAUAAUCCACGCG